UCGGGCCGGGGUGACUCUGCAGCCACACGCAAGCAUGGCCCACCAGCAGCCUGCAGCCAUGAGCCACUCGGCCAACGGGCUCUUCGUCUCGGUGGUCGCUGUCGUCACCAUCUCCUGCCUUCUUCCCAACACAGCCGCAGGUACCCCAAAAAGAAUUUCUCCCGGCGUUGCACCAAAGUUUUUUAGGGGGUCUUGUCUUCAAUAUGGACACUCUUGCUGGGGAGCACACGGAAAGAGAAGCAACAUUGCACCUUUGGCGGACCUAGUGCAGCCCGAGGUGUCUUUGGCGGCACCCGCGGACGACUCCCCCGCGAGCUGGGAGCCACCUGAAGAUGCAUCGCUGGAGCAGGAGGCGGUGCUCGCGCCCAGAGACCCUUGGCAACGACUGCGGAGACCUCUGCACCUUGACAGACUCCAGACCGGCAGCAGGCAGAGGGACGAAGACGACGUCGACUACGGGGUUCCCCCACCUCGUUGGAUAUACAAAAUUAUGAGACAGACAGCAAACAACUAGGACGAAAGAGCAGACACCGCAACGCAAACAACCAUUCCUUCCCUCUUAUUCUGAGUUGACCGUUUUGGAGGCGCGUUACACUGAUUUUCCGGCGCUUCCCCGCGCACCAUCCGUCCGAGGGCUGGCUUGAAAAGGACGCGGAGCUGAACGGGGGAGCGGCCGUUUUUAACUUCAAUCACGCACGAGGACGCAACGACUCUCUGCAGAACACACUCGUUUCGCUAACUAAGUGAGGGGAGAAAGAAAUAAUUUUGCAAGAGUUGAACUAUAUAUACACGCCAGAGCAUUGUUGAGUAAUAAUCUUCAAUUUAAGCUUCAUCGUACCCCAAAUGAAAUUACAAAAUGUGUCCCUUGACUUCCUCGUCGGCAGAGGCUGGGCUGCUGACCUUCCGUCUCGUUAUAUCCAUUUUUGUCUUUACAUUGUUUUGCUGCUGGGCAUUAUCCUUCACGUUUAGCCAAUAAAGCAUUUCAACUAACA